AUGGACGACCUGAAAUGUGGAACCGCAGCAGUGAACCCACAUGUGGUGGAUGGCGGAGGAGCUGGGAUGCGGACAGCGGAUCCUAUGAUGACCAUACCCCGAGUUGGAGACCUCCCUGCAACUCAAGACCCCAAUGGCACCAACACAACACAUGGUGGGAACGCCAUGCCAAGGAAGUGUGCCCAUGAAACAGCCACCAUCCAGGGUGCCUCCAUGAUCUCUAGCACUAUGCGCCAAUGCAAUGCCUCUGGUGUUGCCAAGAUCGACGAGCUUAUCAGGAUCAUCAUUGCCGCACUUGGCGCCCAAGUAGCAGCCAACCAAGCGGCCAGCCAGUUCAUAAAUAACUAUGCCCCUGCCCCAGGCCCGGGACAUCAGCAAGCCCCAAGUACCAUGAACGACACCACCGGUCACCCUUUAGGUGGUCGCGCUGCUGAAGAGGCAGUGUCUGCAGAAGAAGACUGCGAGGAUGGACUGGAUGUCACCAAUGAGUACCUCAACGAGGACGAUGAGUAA